CACGCACCAGUGAAGCACCUCCUUGCGUGAUACAGAUCAAACUUGUCAUUCUUAUUGUUUGGCAGUGACCUGCCCACCUCAGCUGAAUUCUGCAUUCCGUAACACUUGUUUGUAUUACGACCGUUUCAAGCUGAGAAAAUGGAGAAUGACUCUAAUGACUUGUCUGAUAACUUCAAUUACUCGUAUGACUAUAACUCAACUGAAGGGCUGUGUUCAGUGGACCACAAACUGGACGUUGAGAGGUUCCUUCAGCUAUAUAUUCACCCCAUCAUUUGCAUCGUUGGUUUUAUCGGCAACACCCUGGUGAUUGUGACGUACGCCCUCUAUAAAAGAACCAAGUCAAUGACUGAUGUGUACCUACUGAAUGUGGCCAUCGCUGACAUCAUGUUUGUGGUGGCACUGCCUUUGAUCAUCUACAGUGAGCGGAAUGGAUGGGCUAUGGGGAACUGGUCUUGUAAGCUGCUGCGUGGCGUUUACAGCGUGAACCUCUACAGCGGCAUGUUGCUCCUGGCUUGCAUCAGUGGAGAUCGCUACCUUGCCAUCGUGCAGGCCCGCAGGUCAUACCGGCUACGUUCCAGCACCCUGCUUUACAGCCGAUUGGUCUGUGUGGUGGUCUGGUCACUGGCCUUGGUCCUGUCUCUUCCAACCUUCAUUUUUUAUCAACGGUAUCAGCCUUCCCCUUUUGAAUUUGUUACCAUUGAAGAAAGUAAUUAUACCGUCUUCAACGAUCAACCACACGUGUGCUUUUUUAGAUUUAGUUCUAACGUAACAGCAAAAACAUUCAAAAUCGCGGUGCCCAGCGCUCAGGUGGGAGCUGGUUUUUUUCUACCACUGCUGAUCAUGGGUUUCUGUUACAUCAGUGUCAUUGCCACCCUCCUUCGGGCCAAGAACUUUCAAAGACACAAGGCAGUGCGUGUAGUCCUCACCGUGGUCCUUGUGUUCGUGGCUUGCCAUACGCCCUACAAUUUAGCGCUGUUAUAUCGUACCGCUACCAUUUUUGAUGAGCAGGAAUGCAGUCACGAAGAGGCCGUAGUAUUGGCCAUUAUCAUAACAGAAAGCCUGGCCUACCUGCACUCUUGUCUCAACCCCCUGCUUUACGCCUUUAUCGGGGUCAAUUUCAGAAAUCAUUUCAGGAAGAUCAUCGAGGACAUCUGGUGCUUGGGGAAGAACUACAUGUCUGCACGACGUUCCUCAAGGGUCACCUCUGAAAUGUACAUGUCCACGCGGCGGUCUGUAGAUGGAUCAAACAGUGACUAUGGCACUUCGUUUACGAUGUGAUUCGGCGCUGAAUGUGCAUGAUAAAUGUUUUGAUCCGUGAUAUAUGUGAUCUUUUGCAAUGGGUCAAAACUGUCUGAACAGUAUAAGUCUUCUGUAUGUUCAAUACUUUCAAAAUGGACAUGCUCUGUAUGUAGAAGAAUCUAUAUCUGUUUGAGUUUAAAGAGAGGAUACAGUCACUGUUAGCACACAAAUAUUUAACUGACACACAUUGAGUUUUGUACAUGUACGGAAGGGAUGGUGAAGAUAAGUCAACAACCUUUCAGAGUAAGUUUAAAAACUUUUGUGACCAUUGUUGCAGGACAAACAGUCUCCAGUAGUUUACAUACAAAGCCGCAGAAAAGGUUAAGAGACCAUUUCAAAAUUAUUUUACGUUUUUCUAUAUUUACUGUUUAUAAGUAUGUUGAGGUAAAUUAUCAUUUUUGUUUCAUUCUGUUAUCUACUGACAAUAUAUCUCCCAAAUUGCAAGUAAAAACAUUGUUUCUGUUUAAAUUCAUGUGCAGAAAUGAAAACUGGAGAAACGUGUCAAAAUAACAGAAAGAUGCUCUGCAUUUUUUAAGACCUUAAAUACUGCAAAGAAUACAGAUUCAUUAAUUUUACAUGUAUAUAAGUAUGUCCUUUAAGAAAAUUGAAGUAAAAACUGAAACGAAAAGAUUCUUGAAGUGUCUCAACAAGUUUUAAGAUUAAUUUUUUUCAAUUUGA